UCGCGGGGGCGCCCGAGAGGCCGCCGGCCGGACCCGCCCGCCGCCGCCGGAAGUGCUCACUCCACCGCCGCGCCGAGCCGCGGGAACAUGGCGCUGGAAGCCGGCGACAUGGAAGAUGGGCAGCUUUCCGACUCGGAUUCCGACAUGACGAUCGCGCCCUGCGAGAGGCCGCUGCAGGUGCCGAAAGCACUGGUUGGGGACAGUGCGGUGAGGCCCUUCCAGGGCACUGCAGCAGCCUAUGCACCCGUGUCACAUUAUCGGACUGUUAAAGGUGUAGACUCAAGUGAAGAGAGUUUUUCUGAUUCAGAUGAUGAUACCUCUCUUUGGAAACGCAAGCGACAGAAAUGUUUCAACCCCCCUCCCAAACUAGAGCCUUUUCCCUUUGGCCAGGGCAGCCAGAAACCACCUUUUGCUGGAGGGAAGAAGGUUAACAACAUCUGGGGCGCUGUGCUGCAGGAGCAGACUCAAGAUUCGGUGGCCAAUGAACUCGGUAUCUUGGAAAUGGAAGGCACUAUUGACAAAAGCAGACAAUGCGAGGCCUACAAUUAUUUGCUUGCUAAGAAACUUAAGAGGGAGUCUCAAGAACAGACAACAGAAUUAGACAAAGAGCUAGAUGAAUAUAUGCAAGAUGGCAAGAAAACAGGCUCAAAGGAAGAGGAAAAUGGGCAAGGUCAUCUCAAACGGAAACGACCUGUCAAAGACAGACUGGGGGACAGACUAGAAAUGAACUAUAAAGGCCGGUAUGAGAUCACAGAGGAUGAUUCUCAGGAGAGAGUGGCUGAUGAAAUUACUUUCAGGUUGCAGGAACCAAAGAAAGAUCUGAUAGCCCGAGUAGUGAGUAUUAUUGGGAACAAAAAGGCAAUUGAACUUCUGAUGGAAACUGCUGAAGUAGAACAAAAUGGUGGCCUUUUUAUAAUGAACGGUAGUCGAAGAAGAACACCAGGUGGAGUUUUCCUGAAUCUCCUGAAAAACACUCCUAGUAUCAGUGAGGAACAAAUUAAGGACAUUUUCUACGUUGAAAAUCAAAAGGAAUAUGAAAAUAAAAAAGCUGCUAGGAAGAGGAGAACACAACUGUUGGGCAAAAAGAUGAAGCAAGCUAUUAAAAGUCUGAAUUUUCAAGAAGAUGAUGAUACAUCACGAGAAACUUUUGCAAGUGACACGAAUGAGGCCUUGGCCUCUCUCGAUGAAUCACAGGAGGGACACGGAGAAACUAAGUUGGAUGUAGAGGAAGAUAUUGAGGUUGAUCAUUCUCAUGAUUUAGACAUUUUCUAGUACAUCUGAGGAAUCCUCCUAAAAUAAUAUUGUAAUACAUCAUUUCUACUGAUAUGCUUUGUUUUACUUUGCACUGAUUAACAUGAAUAUCUGGAGAAAAAGAUCUGUUUUUUUGUUUUAAAUGAAAUUGAAUAUGGGCGGAGAUUGGUAGAAACUUUUGCAUUUUCUUGUGUCUGACAAAAUACUUAAAAAGUAUAUAUAGCCGAGAAUUUAAUUUCUCGAUCUGUUGCAUGUGCUAUGACUAGAUGAUAAUCAGUUUUGUCCAGGUCAUUAUAACAUGCCAUUCAAAAGUUUGUUUUCUUUGUCCUAUUUAUCUUUGCAGUGAAUUAUGACUGAUUUUAAUACAUUCCAUUAAAAGAUCCUAGUAAGAUACAUAAAUUGUUAACUAUUUAUUACAAAUGCAUCCAAAUUUAGUAUGUCUGUGUUUGAAGAACUCUUAGGCUAUUUCAAGGAUAGUGAUUAAAAUUCAAUUAUGUUUAUUCUGAUGGGCCUUCCCACUUGUUUGUCCAGAAGUAAAUAAACAGCAGAAGCUUUUCGAAGAUGUAUUGAUUCAUAACUUAACUUUGGUUUGUUUGUCUUUUUUAUUUUAUUUUGUUUUUGACUUAUUAAUUAACUUGGUCAUACACUAAAUACUGAAUGUGAUCCAUACCUGUGUAAUUAAUUACCAUGGAUAUUUAAAAUGUUUUCAGUGGGGCCUGCUUGUUUUACCUUAUGUUAAGGAAGUAUUAAAAAUAUCACAUCUGCAUGGAUUUUCCAAGUACUCAUUUUUAUGAAAGGAAUAAACCUUCCAAAGGUAGGUUACUUAAGAUGUUCCAAGAAUUGAUGAUAGUUUAUAAAAUAGAUUAAGCAAAAAUAUCUAGGAAGUGAUUACAAACAAUUCUUUUUAGGCAAUGUACUUAAACUCAGUCAUUCCUGAAAUAAUGGUCAUUGAAGUUGGAUUAACGAAUCUUAAGUGGGAAAAGAAAAGGAAAAUGGUUAUUGGUUGCUUUUUAUUCAUAAAGAAUGCAAAAAUAAAAUUAGUAUUGGCAGUCCUUAA